ACCUUAGACCCAAGACACCCAACGUUUGAAACUACUCUCAUUUUACAUUACACACUUCCCACCAGCCGCUGCGGUCGCCUUCCCCUCUCUUCUCUCUCCCAGUUGCGCGCCAUCUCUCGUCUCUCGACCAUUACCUGAUUUUCUGUUCUCGCGUGUCCACCCUCUAUUCUCUCUCCUAGUCGUGAGCCACCCACCAGUCGGCCUCCACGACCAUUCCUCCGCCCACGUCGCACCUCCAAAGGAAUUCACAAAGCUUCCAACAGUGAAGGUAGCCAUAAAAAAGAGAGCGUCAUGGGUUUAAGUGGAGCCAGCAGUCGUGUUUUUAGGAAGUUGAUGAACGGCGCAAAUUAUUCAUCAAUUUCGGUUUCUAAUGAAAUGAAUCUGAUAAAGCAAUUGAGAGAAAGAACAAGCGCCCCCAUUAAAGACGUGAAAGCGGCUCUAGUGGAUUCAAAUUGGGAUAUCGAAGCCGCCCAGAAGGAACUGAGAAAGAGGGGAAUCAUUCUGGCUUCCAAGAAAUCAUCUAGAACUGCUUCGGAAGGUUUGCUCGCUCUCGCUCAAAACCACAACAAAACAGCUCUCAUUGAACUCAACUGCGAAACUGACUUCGUUGCCAGAAAUGACAUCUUUCAACACUUGGCAUUGUGUUUGGCUAACCAAGCUUUGUUGCUCGAUAAUUCUUCUUCCUUUCACUUUGGACCUCAAUGUUUGGAGGAUAUGAGAUUGAAUCUUCAACAUCCAAAGAUCAAUGGAGAAACUAGCGUUCAAAACGCUAUCACUCAAGUAGCUGCCAUGAUGGGAGAGAAUGUAAGACUUAGAAGAGGUUAUGUCAUGCCUGCACCAUCUCAUGGUCUUGUAUCGACAUAUCUUCACACCAGUCCCAAACCUGGUUUGGGUCGCAUUGCUGGAAUCUUAUCCCUUGAAGUUGAUGGUGUUAAAACACACGUGGAUGCACUUCAACGUGUUGGAUCAGAAUUGGCCAUGCAUGUAGUCGCAACAAAACCAUUAUUCUUAACAAAGGAACUUGUGCCUUCGGAUGCAUUAGAAAAUGAGCGCGAAGUUCUUAAAUCUCAGGCAGAAGCCUCUGGUAAGUCUCAGAUGGCCAUAGACAAAAUGGUUGAAGGUCGUUUGCGCAAGUACUUUGAGGAUGUUGUGCUUAUGAACCAAAAGUUUGUUAUGAAUGAUACUAUGAAUGUGAAGGUGGUACUGGAAAAUCUAUCCAAAGAGGUGGGGUCAUCUGUGAGGGUUGUAAGCUUUCUCAGAAUGGAAGUUGGGGAAGGAAUUGCAAGUUCGAAGUUCCUUUCUGGAUGGGCAGCAUCCUAUUCCAUGAUCGAUACCCUCGCAAGAAACAGAUGCGUCUGAGUCUGUUGCUCAGGUAGCCUAAUUUAAGGGGAUGUAGUGCAAAAAUGGAGGAAACUUCUCAGAGAUAAGUUUGUUUUGAGAGGUUUCCGUUCUCUAACUCAUAAUAUUUUAAAGACCCAUGCUCCAUUUAUUGAUCCUGGAAGGUCUUGAGUACAACGUUCUGUUGAAAAUUUUGCUCCAUACUGUAAAACUUCAAUGAUCUCUGUUAGUUGUACCAGCAUGCUCUGGUACACGCGGCUGAUCUGCAUCUGCAAAAAACCCAAGAAAGCUGGUGUACCACAUUUGCGUCACUUUCAAGUUACCUGCAUUUUGUUUUUAUAUAUUUUCUUGGUUCAAAGAGAUUAUCUAUUUUGAUCUUUCAAAGCUGAAAAAUUAAUUGACAUAUGAGCUUCUAUUUAAAAUGAAGCAAACGGUAGUCCAAAGCAGACAGUGCCUUGCUUGAUGGUAUUAAGUUUUCUGUUUUAAUAAGCUCCCUAUUCUAAUAGGGUAUGUUUGGAAGGUGAAUUUUUAGAUGGCUUUGAAAGAUAUAUUUGAUAUUUAAUUUUUUUUAAAAGAA